AUGAUAGACGCGGCUACGAAAGCGCCCGAAGGUGAAAUGGUUGGUCAGGAGAAGCCAACGGCAGUCAACGCAACGCAAGUCGGCCACCUCAAUUCAGCGGCCCGCAACGGCGCUGCUCCUUCAUCUUCCGGCAGCGAUGGGCACAUCACACUACCCGGCAGCUCCCGGGGCACCGAAGAACGGCUAAUGGUCACCGUUCGUAUACGCCCGUUUAGCGACUCGAGCGAUUCGAGCUGCGUCCAGGUCCUGUCUGGCCGGUCGUUGCUCUUCGACGACGGUAGCCGCAACAAACUACGCAAGUACCACUACGACAACGUGUUUGGAAGUGCAGCCACCCAGGAACAAGUGUACGCGACAACGGUUGCACCGCUCGUGCAGGACGUCCUGAACGGGUACAACGCGGCCGUGUUCGCGUACGGAGCCACCGGUUCGGGCAAAACCCACACCAUGCUGGGCCCCAAUGUGCGACCGUCACGGACGGAGCCUGGAACCGAGUCGAGCAAGGCUCACUCGUCCACGCUCCAAUCACCAGGCCAGGAUGAUGCACCAGGAUCAGCCGUCGUGCAGCCCACGAGCGAUGGGCUCAUGAUAAAAGCUGUGGCAGACAUCUUCGACUACAUCGAACAACACGCCAACGGAACGGACGCUUUUAAGAUUUCCGUGUCGUACCUGGAAAUUUACAACGAACUGAUCCGUGAUCUGCUGAACCCCGGUGGUCCACUCGAGCUGCGGGAAGACAAUCGUGGCAACCAGUCGGUGGCGGGCUUGCUGGAAAUAACGACCACUAACCGGGGCGAGGUGAUCCAAUUCCUGCGCAAGGGCAACCGAGCCCGAACGGUCGAGCCAACGGCCGCCAACCAGACGUCGUCCCGAAGCCACGCGCUGCUGAGCAUCACGGUGCAAAACCGGACCGCGAGCGGUACGCGCCAAGGCCGCCUGUUCAUGACGGAUCUGGCCGGGUCGGAGCGUGCCCGAAAGACGAAAAACCGCGGCAAAAGACUGCAGGAGGGUGCCCACAUCAACCGCAGCCUGCUGGCCCUCGGUAACUGCAUCAAUGCGCUGGCCGGCGGUGCGCGGUAUGUGAAUUUCCGUGACUCGAAGUUGACACGCCUGCUGAAGGAAGCGCUCAGUGGUCGCUGCAAAACGGUAAUGAUCGCCCACGUCGCACCGGAAGCGAAGCACCGGGACGAAACCAAGAACACGCUGGUGUACGCGGACCGAGCGAACCACAUCACGACGCGCAUGCAAAGCCCAACGAUCCUGGAGGCGGAAGCGGCGGCCGCGGCGGCCCGUGAAGCGUUGCCGAUGGUGCACUACCAGAACCUGGUGACCGAGCUGCGCGAGGAGGUGGGCAGGCUAAAGUCCAAGUUGCUGACCGACCGCCCGAGGAGCGGGGUCGCCUUUCAGCGACAACAGGAGCAGCAGCAGCAGCAGCAGCAGACAGGGGACGGUGCCCCUCCAACCGAGGACCAAGAGGAAAAGGCCGAACUGAAGUACCUGCGUGAGCAGAUCGUGCAGACAUUCAAACAACAAAUGAAGCUACGCCGUCGUCUCCUGGAGGCCGACAGUCAUCUCCUCGGUCUUGAGCUUGACGCCGAGCGCCAGCACAUGGUCAUCUCGCACUGGCAAAGUUGGCAGGGCAAACUGUACGAUCGCAUGGACGAGGACGGGGAAGAUUCAGACUCCGAAGGUAGUUCCGCGCUCCGAUCGGCUUGGAGCGAGCUAGCCUCCAUCGAGAAGGAAGUGAAGCGAUACCGUCUGAUCCGUACCACCACGGAGCACGAGCUGGAAGAGUGCCGCAAGAAGGGCGUCGCACUUGAAGAUGAGCUUCCAGAGCUUAUUAGCAGCGACAAGGAGCGAGAGUUGUUGUCGCUGCUGUGCCGGGUGCAUGAGCUGGAAGCAGACAAGGUAUCGCUGCAAGCAGAACGCAUGGCACGGCAGGCCGAGCUCCGCCGGCGUGAUCUGCAACUACUUCGGGCCGAGCGCCAGCGGCGACUGUGCGAAGACAUCAUCAACACACAACGACGCAUCAUCGAAGAGGGAAAGGUAGAGCUACCCGAGGAUCUGCGGGAGAUGUAUGCCCUCUACCAGCAGGAAAUCCACGCCAGCACGUACACCAAAACCGCCACCGGCGCAGCGAAUCGUGAGUUACAUUACGACGCAAAGUUACCACCGAUCUUCGGACAGGAAAGAGGGUUAUAUUCCGCUGGCAGCUCAAGCUCUGGCUCGGAAUGGUCGCCAUCGUCACCAUUGCCUCAGGUUGACUCUGAGGGCAACGGGGAAGUCAACCCCGAUCGAGCAAUGGGACCACCAGUCGGGCCGAGGCUACCAUCCAUCAAUCGGCUCCGAAGCAACUACGGUAGCGCUCAGAGUAGUGGUUCCAGUGACGAUUAG